UAGCUGAGACGCGUACCUGCUUUGAAAAGGGGAAAGUUAGGAUAGAGGGGUUAAAAUUGCUAAUUUUGUUUUACAUUUCGCUUGCGUAUGAAAUUAACUGAAUGGAAAUCGAGAGACCAGCAACAAGAGAUCAACAAGAACGACCAACAACUCGAUGGAGACGAGAAGAACGGCCUGUGACAAGAGAUUCAGGUGAAGAGAGACCCGUUUCACGACGUGGGAUGUCGAGACAGAACCCUGUCAUGGAUGAGCGACCAUAUACUCAACAGAAUGCUCUGAGACCCAUGACUGCAAGUAGAAACGCGACAAUGCGACCUCCAUCUGCCACAUUUGCAAUUCGUAAUGCGACAGUGUCAGGAACCGCAUCCCGUCUAGCUACAGCAAUGAUGCAGCAACCAGUAAACCGAACAGGUACUGCAGUGACCCUAACAGGAGCACAGGUGAAUGUAGUGGAUCGCCCCAUCACCCAACAAGGACUUAGUGGACUUCGAACUGGCACUAGGGGACCACAGAUGAGGCAGGUACAAGAUAAGAGGUACUUUGUAGGUCUCCUACAAAUGAAGAUCAGAGAAUUGUCACAAGAGAUAUCACGCAUUUCAAGAGAAAUUGAUAGUCAGUCACGAGAGCAAAAGACUUUUCUAGUCUAUGAUAGACGUGUAAAGGAAAUGGCUGCUGAACUUACAGAAUUGCAGGGUCAGUUGGCAGAUUACAACUUAGUUGUGGACAAAAUAAACACUGACACUGAGCGAGAUGAAGUGGAUGCAGAGUGUAGAGAAUUGAAAGAAAAAAAUGAUCAGGCAAUGACUCAGCUUGAGCACCUCUUUUCACAGCGACAACAAAGAGAAGCACAGAUAGGUCAGUUGGAAAAGGAAAUUGAACAGGAGCAAAAUAUGACAGAUAAAUUAAUUGAGGCCAUGAGUCCUCUGCUGAGGGAACGCCAUGAAGAACUACAGAAAACUAACAAUGAGCUACAGCAGCAGAUGGAGACAUUACAACAAGAACUAGAUAGUCUCACUAACAGGAAAUCCAUUUUGGAAGAUCAGCUGUCAUUAUCACAGGUUAAGCAAGAAGCAGUGCGUCUACAUCAUAAAUUAAAAGAGGCUGAAGAGAGGAAGAUGUCUCUCUUGGAGGAAGAGAGGACAAGAUCCACUCCAGCCCAGGAACGGGAACAACUACUACAGAGGGUUAAGGAUGACAAUGCUGAAAUGGCAACCAUGGAACGGCAGAUAGGAGAGAUUCGAGAUCUAAUUUACAAGAAGCAGCAGGAGUUAGAGCAAAUUGAACAGGACUUGGAUGAAACUCAGAGUGAGCGGCAUCAGAAGUAUCGAGAGCUUCGUCGAAGAGAGGAAACCAUGGAACAGUUCUUAUCAACUUAUGAUGAAAGUCAUCGUCAAGAAAUGGCUCGUAUUGAGCAACUGGAGUCAAGUAUUGUAACAGCUUUACAACAGAUGAGCCGUAAUUUGUCUCAUUCUGGUCAUCUUCCCAGUUUAGAUGAUUUUGUAACAAUGAGAGAGAAUUUGGCAUUUAAAGAAGGUGAACUUGAGAAGUCCAGGAAAACUGCAGAAGGACUAGCAAAGGAGCACCGACAACUGCAGCAAAACUUGCAGAAGGUUGAAGCUCUUGAAGAAAAAAUUAAAAAUGAGAUGGAGACUUUGAGGAAGCGUAUGUCUACCAUGCAAGGGGAAAUGGGAACACUGUCUGAUGUAGAUUCUUUGCGAGACCAUGCUCAGGAGAAACGAACUCAGUUGGAUGAAGAAAGCAAAAUGCUUGUGAAAUUAAAAGAACCAGCUCAGCUUGCACUUAUGGAAGCACAAAUGAAGCAUGAAACUCUCCAGAAACAACUGAAUGAAAAUGAAACAUAUGCCCAACUCAGUAACCUGGAACGAAAAUUGGCCCAGCUGGUGCAGAAUAAUUUUGCUAUUCAAGAGUUUAUUGCGUCUAAGAAAUCCGAAACAGACUACGAACCACUAAAGGACAAGGUAUACAAACUUGCCCAAGAUUAUAAUAAUGUCAUAAAGGAUAAUUUAAGAAAAGGUAGUAUAGUUUAAAAUAAUUGCUGAUAUUGAAGUUUAUUACACAUGCCUUUUAAAUAUAUAAACUAGAAAUUGGAGAUAAACAAUUUUAUAUAUAUUAUGGUAUUUCACUCUAUCAUAUACUUAUUAGCGGUUAAAAAUUCAACUUAUGCACAAAAUAGUGCUAUUGAUCUCAUAGGCCUAUAUGCCUGACCUAAUCUAGUCAGAAAAGAGAAGGGUUUUUUUCUACACAUAUCAAAUACAUCAUCACUGCAGUUUCUGCAACUGUAUGGAUGCAUACAGUUUUCAAGCAUGUAGUAGUUUUACGAAUAAAUAUAAUUUGGGACAGUCGCACAACAAAUAAUCAAAAGAAAUAAAAUUAUACCUAUUCAUAAAUAACACACAACAGGAUGCAAACCAUAAAGAUAUAGUUGUUCUGUACACGUCAUUUCAGUGAUCAUUACACACCAAAUAGCAUUUCAGAAAUACCAUACAUUUCAUUACAGCAAAAAUUCUAUCUCUGAGAUGCCUAUAAAUGUUUAUCUUGCAUAUCUUGCCAUGUUUUAAGCUUGUAACAUUAGUUAGAUGUUAUGUCUGUGUCACAAUGCACAUUUUCCAUACAGUACAACCUCUCUUUCAUGCAACAAAGAUCAUAGUCUUGAAAAAAAGACAUUACAAAACUAAAUCACAAAAUGGAAAUAGUAAAUAAAAGUUUAAAAAAAAAAGGUUGGAUCUAAAGAUUAAUGCCAUGUAGAUGUACUGUAUUUGAAUUCCAUUGUCUUACUGAAAGAAAGUUUAAUAUAUUAAUGUUGAAGAUUAAUUGUAUAGUUUUGCUUUUGUUAUAUAAACUGUAAUGCAAUAAAAUGUUUGUGUGCAUAUUUAGUCUGAAUAAUUUCAGUCACUUAUUCAUUCAAAGCACUUUACUGAAUUAUUGAUGAUAAUGUCUAUCCAUCUUUAGAAGAAAAAAUGUCUGAGCUUUGUUGGCAGAGCAUUAUGAACUUGCCACUCAAUGGAUUCCAACUUUUUGAGCUGUUCAUGAUAUUCUGCAUCACAGAAAUAUCUGGAACAUAUGUGAACAGAACUAUUGCUUUAAUACCUUAACUUUGUGGAACAUA